UUUCUCCACUCACUUCCUUCCACGUACAACAUCUGAUCUCCUCACUUUUGCCCAUCUUCAGCUGCAAAACAAAGACCUCAUCUACCUGCCAUUGAUUAAACCGGAAACUUUCGACGAAGCAGCGCCCUUGGAAGCUUUUUCUCUGAAAUUUCCCAUCUUUUGCUAGAACCCCUUCAGGAAUAGAAGGCAUGAAUUGAAAUGGGAGACCCAUAGAUCGAAGCUUUAGAUGCUAUCUGUAAAUUGUUGAAAUGAGUCGACCACAAGAGCCACACCGCCCUUUCUUCCCAUUCGGAAAUCCUUUCAGGAUGCUAUCUUCAAAGGGUUCUCAACUGUCCCCAAGACUUCUUUCUCUAUUAAAUGCUUUUGAGGAUGCUUUGGCAGCAAGGUUGCGGAAACUUAAUCCUAAAGACAAGUAUGAUGUUCUUAGCUUGGCAUGGAUGAAAUUGGCAAUGGAGUCACUCUGUGAGACUCAUACUGACAUAAAAACCCUCACCACCGAACUUGAUCUCCCUGUGACUGACUGGGAUGAGAAGUGGAUAGAUGUGUACUUGGACAUCAGUGUGAAAUUGCUUGAUAUUUGUGUUGCUUUUAGUUCUGAGCUCUUGCGCCUGAACCAAGGUCAUCUCAUGCUUCAAUGUGCCCUGCAUAAUUUGGAGUCCAACACUUCAGAGAAGCUUGUGCGGGCACGUUCUUCUAUAGAUAGCUGGAGACAGCACAUUGGCUCAAAGAACCCUAGACUGGAAAACUGUAAAUCCAUCCUGGAUGGUCUUGUGGAUUCACUGAGUCUGCCAAAGGUUAAGAACUCAGCCAAAGGAAAGGUGUUGAUGCAAGCUAUGUAUGGAGUUAAGAUACAUACAGUGUUUGUAUGUAGUGUCUUAGCUACUGUGUUUUCAGGUAAUUCAAAGAAUCUGUUAGAUUUGGAUGUUGCCAACACAACAAUGUGGGUGCAAGCUUUUUCUGAUUUGCAAACUAAUGUAAAUGGAGGAAUUAGAGAUAUAUUUUCUCAAAGGAAAUUUACUGCCUUGAAAGAAUUAGAUGAAGUUGAUACUGCUGUGAAGAAUUUAUAUCCCAUGAUCCAAGAUGGUACGAGGCCUAUUGAAGCUGAAGCAUUCAGUAAUUCUUUUUCAGAUUUGGGGAGGAGAGCAGAAAAACUUUCCCAAGGGCUAGAUUUUCUUACUAAGGUAGUAGAUGGCUUUUUCAAAAUAGUUUUAAGUGGGCGUGAUGCUUUGCUUUGUAACUUGAGAGUGUCUGAUACUGUUGCUGACCCAUUCCCAGGGAGCAAUGGGGAACAGUUUGUAAGAUAGAUGGUUAUGGUGAAGCUUGCUAUUCGAAUGUAUAGUUUUGGUAUGAGAUGUUCCCUCAGUAGUAUUGUCAAGUGUGAAGUACGUUGUGCUUUCAUACUGGUUUGUACAAGGAUGUUGUAUGAUAUAAUGUCAGUAAUACAUGAAAAUGCUUUGCACUAUUUCACUCA